AUGGAUACUCAAUUAACAUUAAGAGACUGGUCAAAGCUUUCGGAUUUGACACUCGACUUGAUUUUUCGAAAGUUGUCUUCUGUUUCUGAUUGCUUAUGCUUUAGUGCUGUGUGCAAGCCAUGGUUUUUCUUUGUAUCCAAUAAUUACGAUGCCCUACAACAACGAAUCAAUUCAAGUUCCAUCGAAGAAAUGCCUAUGCUAAUGAUCUUUAUAAGUACAAAUAGCGGUAACUUAUACAGUGUGACCAAAGGUAAAAUAGUCUCAGACCUUGAGCUACCAUUGCCUUCCACUAAGAUAUGUUGCGGUUCUUCUCAUGGUUGGUUGGCUUUUCAACAGUCUGAUUCUCUUGCUAUCCAUCUUAUCAACCCUUUCUCCAGUGAGACAAUUGGUCUUCCUAGUCCUCAUGAUCCUGUCGAUAAAGUUAUUCUAUCCAAGAAUCCUUCAACCAAUCCAUAUGAUUUUGAGGUUGUUGCGACGUUUAAGUCUGGGGUCUGGCCUCAUCGAUUGGCUAUCCUAAAACCCGGUAGUAAUGCCUGGGUUUUCACUCCUCAUCUCGAUAUAUCACCAGAUCAUAUUCACGAUGUGAUAUACUAUGACGACAGAUACUAUGUUGUCACUUAUAGAGGUAGUGUUUUAUCCUUGGACAAAACAACUUUGGAUUUUAAGGUGAUUAAUGGAGAAACAUUAGCUAUGUAUUCUGAUAUUCCCACGAAAUUUUAUCUAGUAAAGACCACAACUAACGAGUUUCUAAUGGUUCAAAUAUCUAAUCGAUGUGAAAUACUAAGUGAUGAGCCAACAAGUGUUAUGAUUUCCAAGUUGGUAGUAAGCCAAACGACCCAAGAGUACAUGUUUGCAGAGUUGGAUGACUUGGGUGAUGAAGCCUUGUUCUUGUGUAAACACGGUUCUAUGUCUGUUUCGGCUUCCAAAUUUUCAGGAUGUAAAGCCAGUUCUGUAUACUAUAUAGAUGUUAUGGUGAAGUCAAUAGGAAUAUUUGUGAUGGACCUUAUACACUUUGAAGAUGGCAACUUCCACAACCUUUUUUCUUUCGAGACGGCAAAUUUAUUUGAUGAUCUUAACAUGCCACCAGUGUUAUGGAUAAUUCCUACCCCAAAAUUUACUAGUACUUCCUUAAGACAUGGUUGA